AUGUUUAAGACGAUUGCCGAUCCCACCGACUGUGAAGUGCAUUCUGUAAUACAGUUUUUGAACGCAAAGAAUGUUAAGCCAGUUGAAAUUCAUCGUCAACUUGUAGAGAGUUAUGGUGAAAAUGUAAUGAGUGAUGGAAUGGUGAGAAAGUGGGUUCGACAAUUCAAUGCUGGAUGCACCGAUGUUCAUGACGAAGCACGGAGUGGCCAGCCUUCUGUUGUCAAUGACAGUUUGGUUGCAAAAGUGAAUGAGAAAAUUCUUGAAAACAGACAUUUCACAAUAAGAUUGCUUUGUGACGAGUUUCCACAAAUUUCAAAAACUGUUUUGCAUGAUAUUGUCACAAAUCGCUUAAAUUAUCGCAAAUUGUGUUCCCGCUGGGUUCUCAAAAUGCUUACAGCUGUCCACAAAACGAAGCGACUUGGAAGUGCUUUGACAUUUCUUACCUGA